CUCGAAUUUUCAAAUUUCUGUCUUUUUCCCUUCUUCUCAAUAAAGAAAAGAAAAUUAGCAGGGACGGACGACAGACAGAGUCGCAUAAUAGCAGUCCAGUCGGACAACCUCGGAGCCUUAUUAGGAUUUAGGUUUUGACCGUUACGAAGAGGAAACAAGAAAAGAGGUGUUCUUUAUCUUCUUCAAGAUCCUCUUCCUUUCAUUCGUCGGCAGCUCUCUAGGGUUUAUACUUGCUUUGUCUGCAAACUGUGGUUCUUAUUAUGUUGUCGAAUCCUAAAGUUGUGGUACAUGGUUCGCUAUCGAGGGUUAUUUUGGGUACUUCAACGUGAGUGAGAUAGUGUGAAGAUCGCUUCUUCUAUACUCCACGCUCUGUUCAGUUCUCUUAGGUUUCAGUUUCAGCAGGUCUGAUUAAACUUGUGAUUCCUGCGGGGCUUGGAUGAAAUUGAGGGGAUUUAUGGCGGCGUUGUUGAAAUUAGACAACUUCGUGUUGGUGUCGUAGAACGGAACAGAUUAAAGGAGGUUGUGGGAGAAGCAGAGCUUCUUCUUGGGUAGAAAGCAAAGAUGAUUACUGAGAAACCCAUUUGGGUUAAACAUGAGGGAAUGCAGAUUUUCUCCAUCGAUAUUCAGCCUGGUGGCCUCAGGUUUGCUACUGGUGGAGGCGACCAUAAGGUCAGGAUAUGGAAUAUGAAAUCUGUCAGCAGGAAUUUAGAAGAGAAUGAUGUAUCACAGAGGCUCCUAGCAACUCUACGUGAUCAUUUUGGUUCUGUUAAUUGUGUGAGGUGGGCUAAGCAUGGCCGUUAUGUUGCAUCUGGCUCUGAUGAUCAGGUGAUCUUAGUUCAUGAAAGGAAGCCUGGUUCAGGAACCACCGAGUUUGGUAGCGGAGAAGCCCCAGAUGUAGAGAAUUGGAAGGUUACAUUGACUUUGAGAGGGCACAGUGCUGAUGUGGUGGAUCUUAACUGGUCCCCGGAUGACUCCACACUGGCUAGUGGAAGUUUGGAUAACACUGUUCAUGUAUGGAAUAUGAGCAAUGGAAUAUGCACGGCUGUUCUUAGAGGUCACUCUAGCCUUGUUAAAGGAGUUGCUUGGGAUCCCAUUGGCUCUUUCAUUGCAAGUCAAUCUGAUGAUAAGACUGUAAUUAUCUGGAGAACGAGUGACUGGAGCUUGGCUCACAGAACCGAUGGCCACUGGGCGAAAUCACUUGGAUCGACUUUUUUCAGACGUCUUGGCUGGUCACCUUGUGGCCAUUUCAUAACGACCACACAUGGGUUCCAAAAGCCGAGGCAUUCUGCUCCUGUUCUAGAGAGAGGAGAGUGGGCUGCCACAUUUGACUUCCUUGGACACAAUGCUCCCAUUAUAGUUGUAAAGUUUAACCAUUCAAUGUUUAGGACAAGCAACUCGAAUUCUCAAGAGGCUAAAACUACAGCAGUUGGGUGGACAAAUGGGGCGUCAAAGACUGCAAGCAAAGAGUCUCAGCCAUACAAUGUUAUUGCCAUUGGUAGUCAGGAUCGAACAAUAACUGUGUGGACGACUGCAAGUCCUCGCCCUCUUUUUGUGGCUAAGCAUGUCUUCAUACAAAGUGUUGUCGACUUGUCCUGGAGUCCUGAUGGAUACUCACUCUUUGCCUGUUCAUUGGAUGGAUCAGUGGCUACUUUCCAUUUUGAUGCAAAAGAACUCGGACAAAAGCUGAGUGAUAGUGAACUAGGUGAGUUAAAGAGAAGCCGAUAUGGUGAUGUCAAAGGUCGGCAGGCAAACUUGGCAGAGAGUCCUGAACAAUUGUUGCUUGAGGCAGCCUCAGCUAAGCUGACAGCCAGCAAAAAGGUGGCUGUAGACAAUAAGCAAAAUGAGCCACCUGUAAAAUCUUCAGUUGAGGUAGUGUCCAUUACAAAGCCCCCUCCGCCCCAUGUCGAUGCCGAGAAGAAAGCUGGAGGAAUGGUCACUAAUAAUGAGGGCUUGAAUAAUAAAGUGUCAACUUCUGCUCGAGUUUCUAGCCCUGUGAAACAACGAGAAUACAGGCGCCCUGAUGGCAGGAAGAGAAUAAUUCCAGAAGCACUUGGCUUGCCAAGCCAGCAAAAUACAGUAGCUUCAGGGAUCCAUGAUGCUCAAGCCCUUGACUUACCCUCUACAGCAACUGAUCACAGAAAGGAGGAAAAUGGGUUAGUUUCCAUCGAAGCUGUUGGCAAGCGGGAGGGACCACUUAGGGGAGCAGUUGACCGAAUUUCUAAUUUGAAUAAAAGAGGCGGGUUUACUGCUAGAGCUACCAUUACAGAGAGUUUGGUUAUUGAAAAGGUAGCUCCAGAAGCAUCUUCAACUGGGGACGGUUCAAUCGUCACUGUUGAACAGUCUGGCAUGAAAGCGUCUAGCUCCUCUAGUGCUGGUAGUAGUACACUUUCAAUCAGGGUGUUCGAUAAAAAAGUAGGUGAAGACAAAAUACCAAUAUGCUUGGAAGCUCACCCUAGAGAACGUGCAGUAACUGAUGUUUUUGGUAAUGCAAAGACUAGUACAAUAAAGGAAACUGAAGUUUCUUGUACCAGAGGGGCCCAAACCCUUUGGUCCGAUAGGAUAUCUGGAAAAGUAACUGUUUUAGCUGGAAAUGCCAACUUUUGGGCUGUUGGUUGUGAAGAUGGUUGUCUACAGAUCUACACAAAAUGUGGGAGGCGCGCUAUGCCAACAAUGAUGACAGGAUCAGCCGCAACUUUUGUAGACUGCGAUGAGAACUGGAAGUUGUUGUUGGUCACACGGAAGGGAUCUUUAUAUAUAUGGGAUCUCUUCAGGCGCAGCUGUCUUCUUCAGGACUCGUUAACAUCUCUGGUCAUUUCAGAUCCAAAAUCCUCUGCUAAAGGUACAAUCAAAGUCAUAUCAGCCAAGUUGUCAAAGUCGGGUGCACCUUUGGUUGUUCUGGACACCCGUCAUGCUUUCCUCUUUGACACGACCCUUAGGUGUUGGCUGAGGGUGGCAGACGAUUGCUUUCCUACUUCUAGUUUUGCUAGCUCCUGGAAUUUGGGCUCUGUUCAUAGUGGUGAGUUGUCUGCAUUGCAAGUCGAAGUCAGAAAAUACAUGGGCAGAAAGCCUUCUUGGAACAGAGUGACGGAUGAUGGAAUACAGACGCGUGCCCAUUUGGAAGCACAGUUAGCAUCAAGUUUGGCGUUGCAGUCACCAAAUGAAUACCGCCAGUGCCUUCUAUCUUACAUACGCUUCCUAGCAAGAGAAGCAGAUGAGUCACGAUUGCGUGAAGUAUGUGAAAGUUUCCUAGGUCCUCCUACUGGAAUGACAGAAGCAGCAACAUCUUCUUCGGACACCAAGAACGUGGCUUGGGAUCCUUUUGUACUUGGGAUGAGAAAGCAGAAACUCCUGAGAGAAGACAUUCUUCCAGCAAUGGCAUGCAACAGAAAAGUACAGAGGCUGCUCAAUGAAUUCUUGGAUCUCUUGUCCGAAUACGAAGGUGCUGAGGCUGACACUACCAACAUUAAUCAGAAGAAUUCUGCCCUGCGGCUACCUGGACCCCACGAGGCAACAGAAAAGAUGGAUGUUGACCCGCGAGUACCAAAUAAUGACACCGCUCUUCAGCAAGAACCCAUAAAACCAGUGACCGAUGCUGAAAAGGAUCUUGCUCCGAUGCUUACAGUCAAAGGCCCGUCUCUGAGUGUCAUUACAGGUGACGACAACAAGAACCCUGACGAUCUGAGUGUCUCAAAGGACAAGAGUCUCUGUGUCAUUACCGGUGAUGACAACAAGAACCCUGAUAAUCUGGGAGCCUCAAAUGAUAAGAACCCAGAUGAUCCUCCUGCCUCAAAUGACAAGAACCCAGAUGAUCCUGCUGCCUCAAAUGACAAGAACAUGAAUGAUCCGAGUCCCUCAAACGACGAGACCUGUAGACAGCCGCCAGUGGAGCAAGUAGAUUCUGCACUAAAUACGGAUUUAGUUGCCGAAGAUUCUCUUGCUGAAGAAGAUUAACCACAUAAUAGGACUUAGUAGUACAAUGGAUAUAUAGAUAUAAUGCUGCAAUUUGUUACAGCCGUUUGCAGCUUCUCACGACGGAAAAAUAGGACAGCUUUCCUUAGGGGGCACGGAAAAAUAGCCACUACUGUGAAUCAUUUGUUGACUCCUAUAGUUAUUUAGUUGCUUCUGCUGAAUAUGUAAUGUAAUUGAGUAAUAGACACCACUUCUAACUGGUUAGUUGAAAGUUUGUUUCUUUUUUUCUUUAACUGUGGAUUCUCUUGGACUAAUUGUAAUCAAUUGUUAACUUUUCCCAUCACCAUCAGUCUUCUUCCCUCCAGAAAACCUGAAAGGUGGUUGAAAGUAGCAGAAUUCUGCAGAUGAUGAGUGUUGCAUUGGGCUCUUGGGUGGGCUUUUUCUACUGUGGAGUGCUGUUCUUUAGCUGUGAAAUUGGGCUCUUGCAUCGGGCUGAAAGUGGGUAGCCCUCGAGAGAGGGAAAGCAGAUCCAACAAACAACUUUGAGUCAAUCAAGAAAAGGUCGAGCCCAGAGAUGAGAACAAGAACACGGUCUUGAAGUGCGAGCCAGUGAUGAUCAGGUAAGAGAUUGAUCUCGCAAUUCGCAAACUUCUAUGUAAUCGGUUUUUUGUUGGUGCACGGCGUGCAGUUUGAAUCAAAUUGUAAUAAAUACCAUUUGCGUUGAUUUGCCAGACAAGAUCCAAGGUUAUAUAUUCUGUACUGUCGCGACUCUGUGAUGAGGUUUAAUCAAUCAACUGCCAUUCCUUUCUUCUCGGUUUGAGGAAAGAAUUGAGUAUAAGUUACCGUCUAGUUGUUUUAUAUUCAUCUAGAAAAGUUUUAAGGUCCAUGCAGAGGCAAAGUCAUGUUUACAUUGUUGUGAUGAGGAGUUAUUGCCCUACUCAACUUCCAAAUAGUGACAGAAAUGAAAGAAAUUUUUUUCAAGAAAUUUGAGAAUUAGGAGACCGGUAAUGGUAAUAUCACAAAUUUUCAACUUGGAAAUUCCAAGUUCAAAAUCUCUUUACUAGCACCUAAUUCUAAAAAUCAAUCUAUAUCACACUUAUCUAAAAAAGUACUAUUCCGAGAGAUACAAUAGUCUUAAAAGAUUGUUGCCUAGCUAGUAGAUUUUAAAGUUUUUAUAUCCCGGACAAGAAGCGUCUUACUGGAAAUCUAACACCAUUCUAUACCUGGAUUUCACCCUGGGUACCGUAGAACUCCCCAUAUAUAUACAGUUGAGAACAAAGUAGCGAACGAGUGCGUAACGCGUGGGAAUCUGCCGAACACUUCAACCCAAAUCCUGAAGAAAGCUAAAAAACGUUGUUUGAUGAGCCUGCGUAGUAUUAGGUAGUUGGUCAGGUAAAGGCUGACCAAACCAAUAAUACUUAGAUGGUCUUUUCGGAUGAUCAGACACACUAGGACUGAGACACGGCCUGGACUCCCACGGGGCAGCAGUGGGGAAUCUUGGACAAUGAGCGUGUGUGUAUAUAUAUAUAUAUAUGGCGGUGUCUUCGGUGCACUCACUUUUUUUGGUGCAUUUAGUGCACCCGCCUCAUAAUCACCAUUUUGAAUAGGUGAUUCAUGUCAAAACGAUGUCAAUCAUUACUUGUGAUGCGAUAGACAUGAAACCCAAUGAAUUUACAAAAAAAAAAUCAUUAAAUAUUUACUUUGAUUCGAAGGAUUUAAGAUUUAGGAAUUUAGGAUUAGGGCUAGGGUUCACAUUUUGGGAUUUUGGGUUGGUGUUUGAAAUUGAAGGUUUAGGGGUUAAGGUAAUUGAUUGAUUAGUUGUGAUCAUUUGUUAUAUCAUCAUACUAUACUAAUGCUACCAGUUAAAAUUCAAAAUUUGAUGUCUAUGCGGCUAAACGCACCCUAAAAUGCAAGUUCACCGAAGUAGCCACCACAUAUAUAUAUACAUUCUCUUCAAAGCCCACCAAAGAACCAUAUUGUAAAGAAAUACACUCUCGUGGUAUUGUUGGACUAUAGGGUUAAUUAGUAACAUUCAAAAUCAAUUUGGCAAAGGUUUCCAUCAUCUUCCCCGAAAUUCCGGCAAAUGUCGUCUGGAUAUUAAAUGAUUACAAAUACUAAGAUGACCGGCCGGGAAGAGAAUAGGAACACGACGACUCGACUGGGAACUUCCUUAAUAAGGGUGUGAAUGAAACCUAAGAUGGGUUUUGGUUGGUAAAGGAUGAUCGACUAAUCUUAGAAAUGGGUUUGACAACAGAGGAGUUGAUGGACCAAAAUAAGAACAUUACAACAUGUUCUUUUUCCCUGUUUCGUACGUGACAUGUGCCAAAGAGCCAUUGGCCAAGAACCUGAUCAGAACAUGUUUGGAAGAAGAAGAAACAACUGUAAUUGGAGAGACAAUUAAUGCACAUAUGGGUUUGGCUUCGAGAUAGUUAGAAGUUAGAACUGUUGAACAACUUCCCUCCAUGUGUCAUAUGUAUACAUUGUGAAGAAAUAUACAGGUGGCACAAUUUGUACAUAAUAUUAGAUGUUAUUAUUAUUGACCAACGGCCCCAGAAAUCUUACCAGAAAGGCAGAAACUAUACAGGUGCUUAAACUUCUGUUAUUAAUUAAUUUGUUAAGGUAAUUACUAAAGAUUUGGUUCACAGCUGCAUUGGGUUGUUGCAUGCCAAAAAGAACGUGUCGUGUCGUGUCGGAAGAUCGUCGGGUUUUGGCGUUUAACAGUUCGAGUCAGAAUCGUUUGGCAAUUAACGAACGACUUGAAACCGAUAAGAAAAAUUAAUGAUGGGGUUCGACACACGUCAUGCCCUUGAGGCCAACAAAACGAGAACCUUUAACUAUAAAGGCAUACGAAGGUCAUUGUUGUUUACCGUAGAUAAAAUCGGAUGUGCGAUAAACACACACUCUGGAUCCUAACUAGAACAACCUAAAUAUAUAAUGAACUACCCAACAGAUGAGAUGAGUCCAUAAAGAGAAGUGAGAUGAGUCCUUUGCACGUUUGCAAUUGGAGCUAGCUUGCUAGAGAGAGAUUAAUAAAUGUGGGUCGGCCAGAGUUGGUUGGUUGGGUUGGACCCUUGGAAGGAAUGAAACGUGUGAAAGGAAGUCUCGUGGGUCGGUAUCUACUGAGCCAUUUGUCAGCAAGCCACUGAACCCAAACCCAGUUGGUCUCUGCUUUUCCCAGUGAGUUCUUACUACCCUGCUUUCCUUGGCUGCAGCUACUAGCAGUCUCGCGCCAGUAGCUAUAGGGGAGUUGCAGUGUAAUCAAUGCUAUGCUGGGUGUGCAUCGGGUUGGUUCGUACUGAACCAAAUUGAUGCUUGGAUCGGACUAAAUAAAUGUUUAGGGGUCCGUUUGGAUGAGGAAUCUAGUGGAUCAACUUGACCCAAUCGACUCGUUUGGCAGCAUAAAAUUUGGAUGAAGCAAUUUGGUCUGGGGAAUUUCGAAUCGAUUCAUUUUGAGGCAGUUGCAAUUGUACCUGGGGUCGGGUGUAGAUAAUUCGAAUCGACUCGUUUUACAGAACGAGACAACUGAUUCAUCCAAACGACCCCCAAGUACUAAAAGAAAAAUGGAACAAUCGGACCAAACAUGACCAAAUAAGACCGAUGCAUUGUUAGUCCAACCUCUGAUCCUAGCAUGCCGUUUCACUAUUGGACGAUGGUUCUCGUGAAUUUGGUCCGAAUGUGACCAAUGCAGAACCCUAAUCAAUGUUGUAGAUAGGUCACCACCUCCCCACCCAUAUAUGGCAAUUGUUGCUGCCCUUUCUUUAUUAUCCCGCGUACAACAUCAAUAUACCAGCGGGCAGCAGGUUUUGUUACACUACUAUUUCACACCAUACAUUUCUUCCAAUGAAGGCAAAAGUUUGACUUUGAUUAAAGGGAUAAUGGGGUUUGACUAAUGUAUAAAAAGGGUGUGUGGAAUUUGACAAAUAAUCAAUGUAUGCCGACUAAUAAAUCCUCUAGCUCAUCAAGCACAUGAUCCAGAGGGAAAACAUUUGUCAGAAAGUGAUGGUAGUUUUUUAUAGGUAUAAUACACUUAUAUAUUCAAAACUUUUACGGUUGUGCCAAUAAUAUCCAAAUUUCCUGAAAUACCACUUAUAUCCAUGUUUUAAAGUUGUUCUUUGCCAAAUCUAUCCAUUUCUCAAUAUAUUUUUGGUUAAAUACACUUGUAUAUCCAAAAACACCUUUAAAGAAUGUGAAGGAAUUGGAUAUAAGUGGUAUUUCGAGAAAUUUGGAUAUUAUUGACACAACCGUGAAAGUUUUGGAUAUACAAGUGUAUUUAACAUUUUUUAUAUGCCUACACGAAGAUUGGCUCUUUGACCUUUUCUUUUAUGUGAUUACCAAGACACUAACCAAAAUUUGACACGUUGCAUUGUUUGUGAUUGUGAGAAGUCCCUCGAGUCUUUAUGGAAGAAAAAAAAACUUCUGGUUUAUGUGUUUCAAAAGUUGAAGUCGAAUCAAAUAUUUCUAUAGAUCUUAUAUUUUUUAUUAGGUGUUCGAAAUGUUGGUAUCUCUUUGUUAGAGAGUGAUAUAAGAUCCAAUAUAACCUUCUCCCAACAAUUCAAGUUAUUGGGACCAACUGGUUUAUGACAUGGUAUUAGAGCUGGUUUGGCCAAGUGGUCGUGUGUUCGGAUCUCCACGACCCCCAAUAUUAACAGUUGAUUAAAGCACAAAGUCUACCUUUGCAAGCAUCAAAUAAAUCGUACUCACAUUUUGACUGAACGAUGUACGUAAGAACUAUGGAUCUACGAUGUGUACGUCUAGAGUUCUUAUUUGGGGGGACUGUGAUAUAGAAUUGGGGAUUAUGGUGUGAAUUAGGGAUUUGAUAAGUUACUCUUUGGAGGAAACUCUUGAAUUGGGGACUGUUAUUAUAGGCCUCUUGAAUUUCUUAUGGACCGAUUCGGCCAAUAUUUUUAAAAAAAUAUUAUUGGUAUACAUGUCUAGAUGCAAGUUUAACACAUAAUAAUAGUGUUUACCAAUA